AUGCCCGAUUGGUCCUCUGUGGGCGCAAAGCCUGCUCUUGCUCUAGCAAACGGGGUGGCCGAUGGCUUAUUUAGCUGGGCUGCCUGGCCAUGGGGGAAUCUGACCAUGGACACCUAUACCGACGCCUCAUAUCUACAAUAUCUUGAUGACAAGCCAUACAUGUUUGCACUGUCUCCUUGGUUCUACACAAAUCUCAAAGGAUACGACAAAAAUUGGCUAUGGCAAGGUGAUAGUCUAUGGUUUGACCGAUGGCAAGAGCUCCUUUCGCUUGAUUCAACACCAGAGUUCGUGGAAAUCAUCUCUUGGAAUGAUUACGGAGAGUCUCAUUACAUUGGACCUUUACGCGACACAUCGAUGGCCGCCUUUGAGAUCGGCGAGGCGAACUAUAAUUAUGCUCUAGGCUAUCCCCAUGAUGCUUGGCGCGAUGUUCUGCCAUUUCUUAUUGAUCUUUAUAAAGAUGGCACAGCGACAAUGGGUAAAGAUACAGUCAUCUUCUGGUAUCGGCCUAAUCCAAUCUCUGCCUGCUCGACUGGUAACACUACUGUCAACACAGCCUCUCAGCUACAGAUUGAAUUUGAUCCAAAGGAUGUGUUAAAAAAUAGGAUUAAUGUUAUGGCUCUACUUUCUGACGCAAAUUACGGUGUUCAAGUGACCACUGGAAGUGAUUUGGUGGAUGUUGAGUGGGACUUCAGCCCUGACUCUGAGAUUGGCCCUGGAAUUUAUUUCGGCAGUGUACCAUUUUAUUCGGGUGAAGUUGAAGUCACACUUUAUGAAGACGACUUUGCGAUCGCAUCAGCUAAGGGACUGAAGAUAUCGAGUAGCUGUGAUGGAGACGUCGCCAAUUACAAUGCCUGGGUCGGCAGUCUCACAGGCACCUACGACACAGAUGCGAGUACCUUGAUUCCUCUAUCAAACCAGACAUGUAUUCAAGGAAAAGGUGCCUAUGACUUUGAUCAGCUCUGCAAUUUUACAUGCAAGUAUGGGUAUUGCCCAGAUGGUGCUUGUACCUGUGAGGCUAUGGGAGUUCCACGCACGAAGCCCAACGCCACAGGUGUGACAGGUUAUCCUGCAGAGGGCAAAGAUGCUAACUAUGAAGGCCUAUGCAGCUUUUCUUGUAACUAUGGCUACUGCCCAACCAAAACUUGUGAUACGACAGAGCAUGCAAUGCCCGUCCCAACGGUAUCAGACUUCCUCCCCCCAGCUUGUAUAGCAGGAACUGGAGAUGGAAAUAAUGCUGGACUGUGCUCUUACGCAUGCAAUUAUGGCUACUGUCCAAUCCAGUUCUGCACCUGCACUGAGACGGGGGCUCUCGUGACUUCACCGGCCCAGACAAAUGGUACUGGUGAGGCUGCUGACGGUGUUGAUUCCUCUCUUGACGAUCUCUGCGAUUUCACUUGUAGCCGGGGAUACUGCCCAUCUGCUGCUUGUAAAUAUACAGUGAUCACAACGACGACAACGCCAGUUUCCGUUAUAUGGUCUACUGAAGAGGGCAAGACCUGCUCUACUGCACAGAAAUCACUCGCUCUUACUGAAUUGGCAUAUGCAGUGGAUGUUGCAACCGCCACAGCCGCCGAUCUUCAGAGUGGAAUAUACUACGAAACCUUCUUUGCAAGUUCAGUAAGAAAUGAGGCCAAUUUUGCAAGUGACACUGCUGAGACCUUCACUCGAAUUGCGAAAAUGCUUGCUGGUAGCGCAUCAGACUACCAAGUCACAUACAGUUGUAAUGACAACACCAAGUUUUGUGAAAUGUCAAAUUAUAAGGCGCACAUGAGUGAUAGAAAAAGAACUUUGAAUUUCUGUACUGCAUUCUUUGCUGCAAAUCCCAGUACAAAUGAUAUUAUGUCCACUCAAAGCAGGCUUAGUGACUGUGAUUCUAUCAAUCUGCGACAAGCACAUAGGUCGAGGGCAGUUGUUCUUCUACAUGAAAUGACACACACAAGCUAUGCUAUGCUUGGAAAAACAAAGUAA